UAGGUACAGUAUAAUGAAAGCUUCUGUACUGGAUCGAUACAAAACAGCAUGUGCCACAAUGGGAAUAGCUCAAAAUUCAUUCAUUUGCAAGGGAUUGGAGAAGCCGAUUCUUCAUGUAAGGGUUGGCAAAAUUCAGCCAGAAGAAUGGACACCUAUCAUUAAAUGUUUGGAGAACAAUUCAUCUAUCACAGAGGUUAUUAUAGAAGCCACAGUUCCCACCCACUGUGCAUAUGUGAAAAGAUCAACAACUCCCUCGUUUACUUUGACGGUGAAAAACCAAUUCAUGAAAAGUCUUUCAAGCUGUCUAGUGUGCUCUUCUGCAAUUCAUAGGCUAUCCAUCAUUAGUGUACCCUUGAAGAAAACUCAGUUAGAACAUUUAUCACGGGGUUUGUCAAGAAACCAGUCCUUGGAGUUUCUUUGUCUGAAAGGAUCUGUCAUAGGACAGAAAGCGUUCAACGAAAUAUUUGCCACAGUAAGAACGUCGUUGAAUAUAACCCAUCUCGACUUUUCUUACUGCAAAUUGUCAGAUGAAUCGUGUUCCCACAUAGGAGCUUUACUUAGGUCUCAAACCUUGGAAAGACACACACAAACAUGGAAACACACUUUGCGCUACAAUAAUCCAGAUGCAGCAAAUGUGACAGGUUUAAAGCGAAUCACAUUGAAUGGCAAUCCAAUUGGUGAUGAGGGUUGUGAAGUUAUAACAGAUGCUAUGCAAGAUGAUUAUUGGAUCAGGGCUCUUGAUCUUCAACAGUGUGAUAUAACGGAUGAAGGUGCAAAGCUGUUUUUAAUAUUGCUGGAGGAUAAUGCUUGUAUAUCAGUUUUGGAUUUAAGGAUGAAUCCACAAAUCAAAGAUGGUAAGUUGUUAGAAAAGAUCAAUGAUUGUUUGGGUCGAAACAAACAAAAUGAUGCAGAAUGUUUUGCUGUUGGGGAAUUACAGGAAACUAAAAAGGCUCCAAAACCAAAGAAAACUCCCAGGCGAAGCAUCUCAAAUAUCAAUCUUAGAAACUCACUGAAUGAAGCUAGAACUCCCAAAAAGGCAAACGAAUCUAAAGCCCCUAAGAAGGUGACUCAAUAUGAGAAUUAUUACAAUUCUAUGCUUAAAAAUUCAGUUGUUAAGAACAUUGAACAUUUGAAUGACAUAUCUUUACACAAUGACAAAGACAAGUUUUCCCCUAUUCUGAUUCACCAGACCCCUCCAGUAAAGCAGGCUGUUGCAUCUAAACAACAAGAGGAAAAGCAGAUUUUUGCCAUGCUUGAUGAAUUAAAAAAUGACUUGGAAAUAUACAAAAAAGAAUUAUAUCUUGAGAAGGAGAAGACCAAAGUCUUGCAAAGUCAAGUUAAUGCCCUUGAAAGAGAGAACUUGUUCCUUAAAAACCAACAACAGAUUGAUAAAAGUGAACUAGAACCAGAGCUCUUGGAUACUAUUGAAACAUCCUUCAGUCAGUUUCACAAUUUUCUCGAUAUGCUCAAACAAGCUGGCUAUGGGGACCUUUGUCAACUUGUAAACAAAUAGAUCUCUUUUUUUGGGAAUUUUAUUGCUGAUAAUAAGUUUUCUGAUUCAUCAUGUAACUGACUCUGUAUUAGCUUUAAAAGUAAUUAUUGUGCUGUCAGUAGUUUAGUGUUAAAGUACAUUAUAGUAACUCCAGUGAAUUUGUGGGUAACGCAUGAUACUUAGUUAUUUUUACUCUGUUAUUUAUUGUUUAAACAUUUGGGUGACAUUACAUUUACGUUUUAUCCUAAUCCCAGUGACAAACGUUUUGAACGAGAUGACCACUAUACGACACUGUUGCUGGGAUCUUUAAUUUGUGAACUGUUUGUUGUAUUGUAAAUUGUUAUAUUGAUAAUAAAGUUUUAUUGCAUGAUACUAUGAUACACGUCGUACUCAUAUCCUUUUAUUUUCUUAUGAUUAAAAU